CAGCCAGUGACAUCCUGCAGCGUCCCUUUAUAUUAAGCUGUCUCUCAAAAAAGUGCAAAACAACUGUGGAGGGUCUCCAGGACAAGCUGAUGAAGCUAAGGACUGUGGCUGAUGGUCUGGAGCGUGUGCAUCAGGGCACCACCAUCGGCAGUUUGACAGGAGGUGUGAUUGGAGCAAUGGGGGGGAUUACAUCUAUAGUGGGCCUCAUACUGGCCCCAUUCACUUUGGGAACCUCUCUUAUUGUAACUGGAGUUGGUGUGGGUGUGAGUACACUUGGUGGUGCCGCUGCUGGUGCCUCGAAUAUCACAAACAUGGUGAACCAGUCCUCUGAUCGCAAAGCUGUUCGAAGCAUCAUUAAAGAGUUUGAAGAGAAAAUUAAUGCAGUAGUCACCUGGCUCCAGGAGAUUUACAACAGCUUGCAGGAAAUCAGAAACAGAUUUGAGUCAGCUGACACUAUUGAUCGCAAUUCCAGUGAAAAUCAACUUGCACGGCUUGGCCUCAGGGCAGGGAGGGGCCUAGGUGGGAUUUCUGAACUGGUUCGACUAGUUCAAGUAGUUAACAUUGGCAGGAUCGCAGCACAGGCAACCAGAGCAGUACGUGUGGCAGAGACAGUAACAGGUGUGCUUUCAGGUUUAUUUAUAGCAGUAGACAUCUUCUUCAUUGCCAUGGAUGCUAAAGAGAUACACCACAUUAGACAGGCAAAGGCAGCAGAGGAGAGAACUGCCUCUCAGCCCAUGUUUGUGAAUGAAACCGAAGAUUCUGUGUCCACCUUUGACAAUGCUGCACUAGUGGUCAACGAGUCUGACAGUGCUGAAGCUGACACAUCAGAGGAACAGAACCAGUCUUCCUCAAAAGCCACUCAAACCAGAUCUGAGCUCAUGAAAUUUGUCAAGUCAGUCAGGGAGGCAGCAGACAACUUGCAGGGAGUCCUGGAUGAGCUCAGAAGCAUGAGCUCAUCUAUCCCUUCAUUUGGGGAUGAGAUUGAGCUGGAAUAACAUGAUAGGGAAUGAAUGUAACCCAAAGUUAACUAAACUCAAGUUAAGUUAAAAUUUAAAUUAAAAAAAAUUGUUACUCAUUGAAGUCAC